UGCUUCAUGUGUCCAGGAGGAGAGCAGCGUCCAUCAGGAGUCUGACCCACAGCAGCCGGCGCUGAGAUCGGAGAGGAUCUGGACAUCUGACGCUCAGCUCACUCUUCUGUAUCCUCCAGACCGAGCACAAUGGCAAAUUAUGAUGAGGACACCGCCUUUCUGGGCCAAAAGGGACCCUUUUUUAUCAUCCUUUUCUUUCUCUUGAAUGCCAUCUAUAUUUCCACGGGGCUUCACGGCCUCUACAUAGUUUUUGUUGGGGCUUCGCCGUCACAUCACUGUCGGAUAGCAGAUGGAAAUCUGAGUGAGGAAUGGAUGAAAGCCAGUAUUCCCAAUGAGAUGGUCAAUGGAAAAGUGCAGCCAAGUCAGUGUUGGAGAUACAGCCUGGAGACGGUGAGAGAUCUGUCUGCGCAGGGAUACUCUCCGCUGGAGGUCAACCUCACAGACAUUACACUGGAGACGUGUGUGGACGGAUGGAGCUACAGCACAGAGAUAUACCACUCCACCAUUGUCUCUGAGUGGGGUCUGGUGUGUGACCGCGAGUGGAGAGUCCCGCUCACAACAUCUACUCUCUACAUGGGCUACUUACUGGGCUCCCUGGUCUCCGGACAGCUGUCUGACAGGUUCGGCAGGAAGAAGGUCCUCUUCGUGUCUCUGGGGGCAGAAGCUCUAGUGAUCCUCGCUCAGUCCUUCUCCGACUCGUGGCUGAUCUUCUGCAUUCUGUAUUUUUUUGUUGGGGCUUUCCAAAUAUCUCUGUACAUCACAGCGUUUGUGCUGGGGAGUGAGGUGCUGAGUGAGUCGAUGCGAGUGCUCUUCACCACGCUGGGAGCGUUCCUUCAUUACUGUGUGGGUUACAUGCUGCUGCCGUGGAUGGCCUUCGCUGUCCGAGACUGGAGGUCACUCCUGAGGGCUCUGUCCGGCCUGACCGUGGUCUACAUCCCUCUGUGGUGGAUGAUCCCGGAGUCUCCGCGCUGGCUUCUGUCUCAGGGACGUGUGCUGGAGUCUGAGGCCAUCGUCAGAGAAGCAGCGCAGAAGAACAACGUCUCAGCUCCAGACGUCAUCUUCAGAGAGCCCCAGGUCAAACAGAUCAACACGUUCAGCGUGCUCGACGUUCUACGGACCAGAGAUAUCCGCGAGACCACGCUGUUGUGUUUACUGCUGUGGAUGGCCAUCAACAUUGGCUACUUCGGCCUGUCCUUGAACACCACUAACCUCAGCGGCGAUCCCUUCCUCAACUGCUUCCUGUCGGCGGUCACUGAGGUGCCAGCUUACAUCGUGUCCACGCUUCUCCUGAAGAGCUGUCCCCGGAGACCCGUCCUGUCCGCUUUCCUCGUCCUCGGAGGAGGAUUCCUGCUUCUGCUGCAGCUGAUUCCUGACAGUCUGAAUACUCUGGCUCUGGCGUUAGAGAUGGCCGGUAAGUUUGGCUUCACCAUGUCCUUCACCGUGGUCUACAUCUACACGGCAGAGCUGUAUCCCACCGUCCUGAGGAACCUGGGCAUGGGCUUGUGCUCCUCGGCCGCUCGCAUCGGCUCCAUCACCGCUCCUUACAUCAUAUUCCUGGGUACUUACAGCAGAUAUCUGCCCUACAUCCUGAUGGGGAGUCUGACCAUGGCUUCCUCGAUCACAAACAUGUUUCUGCCCGAGACCUUUGAGAAAGAGCUGCCCGAGACUCUGGAGCAGAUGCAGAGAUGCAAACGUUUUAUUAGAAGAGAUAAACACAGCUUGGAGGAAGGAAAGGGACCCGCUCUCAGCAGGAAGUAGAAGACUCCCUCAUCACGGCGCUCAAAGACUGCACACUUUAUACACAACUAUUAUUAAAAUGUGAAUAAAACAUG